AUGCUAAUCUUGAUUCAGCCAGUGAAAGCGCCCAUUAUCACUUUCAGUCCGGUCAGAUUGCCUCCCUGUUAAGCCAUGCACGUGUAACUUCGCCAAACACUGCCCAAUCUGAGAGCCAGAGAAGGCCGAAGUGGCUUAGGGGCGAAACCGGUAGCAUGUCUGCGCUUUGAGCCCCCAAUAUUCCAAGAACCCCACCAAGUACGUUAUUUGUCUCAUCGCAUGGAAUGGAAAUGACCUAAGCCCAAGCCCAUAAAUAAUAUUUCGCAGCAAGUCUCUGUGUCGUUAGAGCUUCAUUAUACGGAAGCCUGAGUUGAACGGAACGAUCUCUUUACCAGUUAUCAAGCUGUCAAUACUGAAACAAAGAACUAGAGACGAAGGGAUGAAGAAAUUAUUGAAAUGGGGAUUUGGGGGCACCGACAAAGGAAACCGUGGUAAACAGCCUGGCACUGCGCUGAAAACAGAGAAUCAGUCAAUUGUUGAUGUUUCCCGCAAUGAGAAUGAAGACAACGCUGGGUUGAAAUUUCUGUAUGAGCCUACAGAGAAAGGCCUUUCAACGCUGGUAGAUAUCGUUUGUAUUCAUGGACUCAGCGGCCACCGUGAGACGACUUGGACGGCCACAGAGCCUGGAACUGGGCGUACGGUACUUUGGAUCAAAGACUUUCUACCCAACCAGUUACCGUAUGCUCGCAUCAUGACCUACGGCUAUAGCUCUCAAGUCUUUACUGUGAGACAUCUUACACAGCGAACUUUGUAUUCGCAGUCUAAAACACUCCUCGCUGCGUUGAAGAGUGUUCGGCAAGAUGGAAACGCUCCCAACAGACCCCUGAUUUUUAUCUCCCAUAGUCUUGGGGGGCUCAUCGCCAAAAGUGCUCUCAUCCAUGCAAACAAUGACCACGUUUUCAAGGACAUCUUGUUAUGUACAGCCGGUAUGGUAUUUUUUGGCACACCACAUCAAGGUAUCCCCGAUAGUGAUAGAUCUUGGGUAAAAAUUGUAAGCAAUUUGAUUAAUCACAAAAUCAACUGCAGUAAAAUGCGAAACACCAUGGAUUCGAACCUCAACUGGCUCCAAUUUCAGCUCGAGCAAUACAAAUCUCUCGAUGGGUCGUUUCCUACCUACUGCUUCUAUGAAGUUGACGCGUCUGGAAUAAGUCAAAAAGCUCCAAUGACCACACCUCGCAUAUCAGCAGUACCUUUAGAACUGCUCAAUACGAUGACUUUGACGAGUUUUCCACGGCAACAACCUCACGAUGAUCUUUGCAAAUGGUUACAUGAAGAUUUUGAGUUUAACGAAGCCAUGAAGCACCUUGUUAAAAUGUGUGAGGAAGCUCGAGACUUAGUAAGGCAAAACGUUGUCAUGUAUAAUUGGUGCCGAGAUCCAUUUAAAGAAGAGGGGGAAGUUGGGGAUGAGUUUCUCAUUCCGAUGAGUCUACCCCUGCAUUGUGAAGAGCCUUUUCUCGGGCGCGACCCAGAAAUUAGAGCGAUACAUAGUUAUCUAAGCAUCCCUAACGAACUCCAUCGAGCGACGCUCCUCGGCCCUGGCGGGGUUGGUAAAACACAACUUGCACUAAGGUAUGUAUACGCCUAUGAAAAUCAAUACAGCUCCGUGUUUUGGCUGGAUGCUCAGAAUCGAUUCACUCUCCACUCGUCCUGCCUAAGAUGUGUUGAGCGAUUGAAGAGUCACUAUGUUGGCACAUCAAGAGGUGAAGAUCGACUCAGAGCACUGCAGCGCCUUCAUCUUGGUGGGUUAAUUGACGAAGAUGGGCGAAUCCAGUCCUGCCAGGACACGCCAGAACUUCUGUUUUUGGUAUUCAAGAAAUGGCUUGAGUGGCCCGGCAAUGAUAGGUGGCUGCUUAUUAUCGAUGGUGUGGAUCAAGAACCCGGUUUGGGAGAGUUUCAUAUUGACAAGUUCCUCGACUCGCUCAAGAAUGGCCAUGUAAUAAUCACAAGUCGAUCUGGGUCGCGGGGCCACACUUUUAACAUCCAGGGACUCGAACCAGACGAUGCCAUGAAACUACUUAAUUACCUUACAGCCGAACGACAAGAUAUGACAUAUUUGCAAAUUAGGGAGCUCGUCAACCAACUCGAACGACUACCUCUGGCGAUCCAACAGGCGGCGGCAUUUCUAUCGAGGACCCAGUGGUCAAUUGGAGAAUACGUGAAUACUCUAAAAUCAGGAACGGCUAGCCAUUCUAGCGACACUCCGAUAUUGAUGGUGUCAGUGCAACAUCUCGACAAGAAAUUGGUUGACCUCCUCAACACUAUCGCGUUCUUGUCAGACAGCGAUGUGUCUGUUGACUUGAUCAAAAGUGGUGUUCAAAAAUUACAAAGCUCCACGCCAUAUUCUCUCGUGGAGAGUUUGUCAGUGCUUAAAAGAUACUCCCUUAUCAGAUACGAUUCAGCGACACAGAUGACUGCACUGGUUAACUCCAGAUGGACAGAGAUGUUGAGAGACAAAGUAAACACUCCGGACUAUAAAUCGCGAGCUAAGAUAGCUUGUUCGAGUGUAUCGUCGUAUCUAGAAUCUGCUAUAGGAGGUAUAAGCUCUAUAACUUACACCUCCAAGCAAUAUCGAUUGGAGGAGGAGCUCCUCCCAUAUAUGGAACGAUGUGUGAAUUACAUCGAAGUUCUAUCACCAGAAGAAGUAGACUGGCAUAUUUUGGGACAUGCGUGUCGACGCCAGGGGCGACACGAUUUGGCGAAGCAGUUCUAUAAUCAAAAGAUAACUCUGAGGGCCGAACUGCUUUUAAAUGAUCUACACGACAUGGAGUAUGCUUUGGGCCCGACACAUAUUCGCACAAUAAGGUGUGCCGACUUGGCUGCAUCUCAAUAUCAGGAAGAAGGCGAACAUGCGAAAGCUGAGAUUAUUUGGCGAAGGGCCAACUCAUCGCACUCUCGCACACUUGGCGACUACCAUCCCUUGACACUAAGGACUGGGGCAAGGCUAGCUUUGACUUUACAGCAACAGGGGAAAUACAGCCAAGCAAAGGGGAUUUACUCAUCGGUGUGCAAUGCUACAGCCAUUGUUCUUGGUGACGAGCACCCAGAAACUCUAAAGCUAAUGACGAACGUUGCGAUGAUGUACACACUCGAGCGGCGCUUUGAUGAGGCAGAUCAAGAAUAUAGAAGAGCACUUAGGAAAAUGGAGCAGGUACUAGGACCAGAUCAUGAGGAUGUGAAAAAGAUAAUGACGUACAUAACGCUCAACAACAAACAGAGGCAACCGAACGUGGGAGGAGUUUCUGAAGACUUCCAGCCUGCGACUAUUUUGUUGGACUGGUAACACACGAUCAUGUUGAUAUUAUGAGGUUGUGGUUGGUGUACAGUGUGAUAUAUUGCCAGUAGGAACAGUCUAAGUAGCGAAGUGCGAAGGGGUACCUCAAUUUAUAUAGACAGAUGUGUGUGGGUCGUUGUACCCAGCCACUGCCUGUUACAACAAUUUGAAACUAAUUACCGAA